CGUCAAUUGUCAAAAGUAAUUGUUGCUGUUGGCCGUUCUCCAUUUUGCCAUAUUGCAAGUAUAGAAGUAAAAUUUUUACUAACUGAACUAGCCAAAAUCAGGGCUAAAUAGAAGACUAUGACUGACCAUCAGUCAGGAGGCGAGCCUCAUCAGUUCACCGCACCCGUUAUUCAAGACAACCCUACCGGAUGGGGCCCCUGCGAGAUGCCGGACCAGUUCAAGGAUAUGCCCUAUCAGCCCUUUAGCAAAGGCGACCGUUUGGGCAAAAUAAGCGAUUGGACAGGAGCUGCGUUCCAGGACAAGAAAUACGCAAGCAAAUAUGCUUCUCAGUUCGGUUCUGGCAGUCAGUAUGCAUAUUACCACGAUGAAGACGAAAGUACUUUUCAUCUUGUCGAUACGACUCGUAUCCAGAAACCUCCUUACCAGCGAGGUCGUUUCCGUGCCAACCAGCGCAAUAUGCGUGGUAGGGGAGGUCGUGGUAAUAUGCAAACGGGCGGAAUGCAGUCUUUAGGCAAAGGUCUCAAAGCCAGAGACACUUACAAGAGGAGUCAGGUGAAGAGAUGGGGCCAAGGAAGGCCUCAAAUCAAAAUAAGGGAUGCAUCGGUCACUGUCAAGCCCGACUGGAGUACCAUCGAGGAAAUGGACUUCCCUAGAUUGGGAAAACUUUCCCUGCCAAGCAUUAAAGAUGGCGAGGAUACAAUUUGUUGUGGAGAAUUGGAGUACUACGACAAAUCCUAUGAUCGUGUCAACGUGAAGAACGAGAAACCAUUACAGAGCGUCAACAGAAUCUUCCACACUGUCACCACUACCGACGACCCCAUCAUCCGUAAGCUGUCCAAGACGGAGGGCAACGUCUACGCUACCGAUGCCAUUUUGGCCACUAUUAUGUGCUGCACCAGGUCCAAUUAUUCUUGGGAUAUCGUCAUCGAGAAGAUAGGGGACAAAUUGUUCUUCGACAAAAGGGACAAUACGGAAUUCGAUCUGUUAACUGUGAACGAGACCUCAGUUGAGCCCCCGCAGGACGACGGAAACUCCCUGAACUCGCCCAGGAAUCUGGCUUUGGAGGCGACUUUCAUCAAUCACAAUUUCAGUCAGCAGGUGCUGAGAACGGGCACCAACGAGCCCCGUUACAAGUUUGAGGAGCCGAAUCCGUUUGUUUCCGAGGAAGAGGAAGGUGAAGUUGCUAGUGUUGCGUAUCGGUACAGGAAGUGGGACCUGGGAGGCGGAAUCGUUUUGGUGGCUCGUUGCGAGCACGACGCAGUCGUCCAGUCUCCGAACGGGGAACUCCAAUUCCUCUCGAUCAAAGCCCUGAACGAGUGGGACUCGAAAUUAGCCAACGGCGUCGAAUGGCGGCAAAAACUAGACACCCAAAGGGGCGCCGUCCUGGCUAACGAACUGAGAAACAACGCCUGCAAACUGGCCAAGUGGACAGUGCAGGCCCUACUGGCCGGCAGCGAUCAAAUCAAGUUUGGCUACGUGUCCCGCGCCCACGUCAGGGACAACAGCAAACACGUCAUCCUCGGCACGCAGCAGUAUAAACCUCACGAGUUCGCCACUCAGAUCAACUUGAAUAUGGACAACGCUUGGGGCAUUUUGAGGUGCAUCAUCGACAUCGUCAUGAAACAGAAGGACGGGAAGUACUUGAUAAUGAAAGACCCCAACAAGCCUAUGAUUCGUCUGUACGACAUUCCCGAUAACACUUUCGAGUCGGACGGCGAAACCGAGUCCGAUGACGACGUGCCCGAGACUUCGACGGCCUUCCCUCUGUACUCGUACAAUUCCAGCACUAAACAUUAAUAUUUUUAUAGUUCUCUUAUGGAUUUGAGGAUAUUUAUUUCAUCCGUAUAAAUAAUAAAUUUUUUGAAUGUGAA